AUGGCAGCGCUCUUCCCGGCUUCGUGCCGCUCCACGCCGCUCCUGGUUGCCACCGCACGACUGCAGCUCAGCUCCGCCUCGACCUCGACCGCCGCCCGCACCUUUACCACCUCGCAGCCCAGCUUCAAGAAGUCCAACCGCGCCCGCGGCGCAUCCCGCAAGUCGCCCCGCAACCUCGCCAUCCUCGCUUCCCUCUCGCCUCGCAUCGCCACCGCCGCCCAGGCGUCCUCGGCCAAGUCAAAGAAGGCGGCGAACCCGCUCGAGCCAAAGGAGGGCGAGACGCUCCUCACCCUCGAGCAGGCCUGCGAGCAGCUCUCGGCAAAGGAGGGCAAGAAGCGGCCCCUCAACGCCUACGAGCUCCACAUCGUCACCACCGUAUCCACCCACCAGACCAACGCUCUCCGCGGUCGCAUCUCGUUCCCGCGCGACCCGCGCAACAAGCAGGAGAAGCUCCUCAUCUUUGCCGAAGAGGGGUCAGAGGCCAACGAGUCGGUCAAGAAGAUCCUCGCAGAGGAAAAAGCUCGCCUAGGCAUCCCUGCUUCCGCUGUUGCUGCUGCGCCCGCCAUCGAGCCGACGCCCGAGCCGACGCCAGCGGUGGCCGAGGCAUCUGGCGAAGCGGCGACAGAGGCCUCUUCGAGCAGCAGCGACAGCACCAGCACCAGCACCAGCAGCAGCACCAGCAGCGAGGCGACGGCGUCCGAGUCGGCAGCACAAAGCAAGGUCAGCGUCUAUGAGCCUUCCAUCAUCCUCGGCGGCUCGGAGCUCAUCUCGUCGGUGCUCAACAACCGCGUCAGCGGCUUCACAAAGGUGCUCUGCACCCAGUCGCUCCUCGGCGAGGUCUCCAAGUCGCUCGCCCGUUCGCUCGGACCCAAGGGCCUGAUGCCCAACCCGCGUCGAGGUACCGUGGUGCCGUCGGACGACGCCAACAAGAUCCUCAACGCCAUCAAGGAGGCGAGGGGCGCAACCGACUGGAGGAGCGACAAGAUUGGCGUCGUACGAGGAGCCGUUGGGCGGCUCAACUUUGACAAGGGAGAGGUCAGGAAGAAUGUCGUGACGCUCCUCGACGCCAUCCUCGAGAAGGUGCCGACGCUGGGCAAUCAGGCCGGCGCCAACCAGGUCGCUGGACAGGCCAAGGAGUACGUCGAGAGGCCGCAGAGGACGCCGGGAGAGCUCAAGCGAGCUGCGGGGAUGAUCAAGCAGAUCCACAUCAGCUCGACGCAAGGCCCGGCAUACAAGCUCGACCUUCGCGACAUUCUCGCAUGA